AUGCUGGGCCCCGGCGGCCAGGCCCGGCGGCGCAGCGCCGCCCGCGGCGGGUGGGUGCCCUCGGCCUCCGCGGGAGGGGUCCCCGAGGUGGGCCCGGGUCGCCGUGCCCCGCGGGAAGCGGCCCAAGCGGUUUUUGAUGAUCAAGGAAAGGAUGUGACACCUCGUCCGCUCUUCCAGCCAGAUCCCAGUAGUGUUGCACCCAAACAAGGCAAACUCUUAGCACCAAGUGAUUACUCUGGGGCCACAGGAUCUGGUUUUCUCUCUUCUUUUUCCAUGCAACAGACAUCAGGUGUGAAUAUUAGUUUAGUAGGUCCAUUCUCAAGGUCAUAUGGAAGCAGCACUAUUUCUAAAUCAUAUGCAUCGACAACUGAGUCCAUAGCAGAUGACAUAGUAGAACCUGGCUCUCGACGAGAUACAAGUGUUAGCAUAACUGAUGUGCAGGUGAGGCAAGAGGAGAUAAAAGAACAACUGACAAAAGAAGACUUGGAUAGGAGGGUGGAUAUUUACCUUACAGAGACGGAAACUAUUUGGAUAUUCGAUAUGCCAUCUGUUGUGGUGUCUGUAGAGUCUGAAGAUGCUGGAAAAAUUCAGGAACGGAAUAGAAUUUAUGUUGACAUUUGCAAAAAUAGACUUGGUAAUGAGCGCUUUGUGGAAAGAAUGAUGCAAACCCUUAAUGGAGCCCCAAAGAGCAAGGAAGUGCAGUGUGACAAAAUCAUCACAGAAGAUAAAGGGAUGAUGGUCACUUCCUGGGACUUGUAUGAUUCCUUUAACGCAUCAGAAGUAGAACCUACAUUAAAAGCAGAACAUAGCAGAGCCACAAUUGUGAACAGCAGCGUAUCUCUUACAACUAAAGAGUGUGAUCAGACUGCAUCUACAGUUCCUGACAGAGAUAGCACAAUUUCUUCUACAAUGGAUUUGGAAAAUGCUGUUCUUGCCAGAACACAUGAAGAGGAGGAAGACCAUUCAGAGGCUAUAUUAAAAUCAGAAAAAUUUCAUCAAGAUUUAUUUUUCAUGGAGAGGAUUCUGAUGGAGAAUGUUUUUCAGCCCAAACUUGCAGCUUAUCGACAACUUCCUGUCCUUAAAGAACCUGUUGUUACAUCAAAUACUAGUGAUAUAGUAAUAGCCAUGGAAGAAGCUAACCAGGAAAAGGAAGAACAUGAGCAGGAAGAACAGGACAAGGAAGAGCAGAAGGAUAUCGUCAUUGCCCCCUCAAUUCUGUCAAAUCUAAAUAAAGCCCCGGAAGAAGCUGUACCUCCCAGUUUGGAACGACUGUGGUCAUACACAUGUGAUCUAGCUAAUGGCCGCAGUGUGAGCAGUAUGGCUUGGAACAAACUAAACCCAGAUCUUUUGGCUGUUGGUUAUGGAGAGUUUGAUUUUAAAGAACAGAAAAGUGGCUUGGUUUGCUGUUGGUCACUGAAGAACCCCAUGUGGCCAGAGCGCGUUUUUCAGUGUGAACAUGGUGUAACUACUUUGGAUUUUUCAAUGGCAAGCCCUAAUCUUCUAGCAGUUGGAAUGUACAAUGGUAUUGUCGCAAUCUAUAACGUACAGAGUCGUAAUAACACUGCACUCUUAGACAGCAGUGAGUCUUCAGAUAAACAUAUAGGUCCUGUAUGGCAACUAAAGUGGGUAGAACAGGACAGAGGCACAACAGGAGAUGACAAAGGAGAGGUAUUAAUCUCUAUCUCAGCAGAUGGCCGAAUAACCAAGUGGCUUAUACGGAAAGGACUGGGUUGCUCUGAUCUGAUGAAAAUAAAGCGAACAGAAAGUGAGAAGAAAAAAGCAACAGGUGAGAGAGAAAGGAAAAGUGAAGCUCUGAUAUCUCGACAGGCACCUGGAAUGUGCUUUGACUUCCAUCCGAAGGAUGCUAAUUUUUAUCUUGCUGGAACAGAAGAGGGUCUUAUUCACAAAUGUUCUUGUUCCUACAAUGAGCAGUUUCUAGAAACGUACAGAGGACAUAAGGGUCCUGUGUAUAAAAUCGCUUGGAAUCCAUUCAGCACUGACAUGUUUUUAAGCUGCUCUGCAGACUGGAGCAUUAUUUUAUGGCACCAGGAUUCACAGAAGCCCAUUUUAACUUUCAGUUCCAUUGCUGCUGUUGUUCAUGACAUUAUGUGGUCUCCAAAAUCAGUCUUCAUAUUUGUAGCAGUGAAUGAAAGCAGAGUAGAAAUCUGGGAUCUUAGCAUCAGCACCUUGGAUCCCUUGAUCACUAGGUCUGCGAACCCAAAAGUGAAAUUCACGUCUGUACUUUUUGCUAAGAACACAGACUGCCUUCUAAUAGGAGACAACAAAGGACAAGUCGGUGUGUUUGAGCUGCAGAAUCUGGACACUUCCAAUAGUAAUAAGGUUGGUGCCUUACAGGAUAUUAUUGGUUCUGCUCUAGCUACUUAACAAUAGCUAAAUGAUACUGCUUCUCAGCUGGAAACAAC